AUGGCAUACUCUGCUGAGAGACACGCGCGAGCUCAGGAGUUGUUUAACCGUAGCACGAGAAGCUUCUAUGUACGGCCGCACCUGACUGGGCCAUACCACUUGCGAGAGCGUGCAUCCAAGCGUGCCGCUGUUGUUGCGUCGUGGCAUGACAAUGAUCAAGAUGAAGACUACCAACCUUCGACCAAGCGAACGCCGACCAAGCGCAAACUAUCUCUUUUCCAUGAGGACGAGCCAUCCCCUCGGUCCGAGAAAAAGGCCAGGAGCCUAUCUCCGACUUCGACGCUCCGUUCUCGAUUGAGCCCAGAGAUGGGAGAGCCUUCCACGCCCUCCCAGCACAGUGAGCCCGACAGCAGCGACAGAUACUGGGCCACAAAUCCCGAGAUCGGGACACCAAACUCACGUUACAGCCUUCGACGCCGCAAUAAGGAAUCGGUGCCAGGGUCGCCACAAAAGGAAGAUGCAACCAAUGUCGCGACCUCGUCAUCAAAGCCGACUGCUGAUAACGAAAUUCUGGUGAGAGAGUGCGCUGCCUGCCAGGAACUCGGUCUAGAAUGUUCACUUGCAUCUGACCCUAAUCCGUUUGCCUAUCCAUGCACAACAUGUGAAGUGGAUGAUGUCUUUUGCGUUGUGAGCCCCCCACCCAAAUGGAAGCGAUCGUGCGAGAGUUGCAAAGGCCGGAAGAAAGAGGUUUGCUCAUAUCGCUACUCUGAUUAUGACCAUUCCCAGCCUUGUCUCCCAUGCCGAAAUCAUGGGUUCGAAUGUGUUGCUGGACCAGCUAGACACCCACCCUUUGCACUAUUUUCCUUGAGUGAACCAAGCGAGCCAGGCAGUUCUCCUAAUAUUGACUCUCCUGCAACGUCCAACUCGCCCUAUGAGUCCUCGGGGCUCGACUCCCUUGAGGAAUCCAAGGCUAGGGAACAAAUGAAUUCUCCAAACAGCAAUUCCCCAGCAAGGCCCAGCUCACCACAUGGUUACCCGGAGGCCGAUGGCUAUGAGGCAUUGAAGCCGAUUGAAGAACCCAGACCCAUGAAGGCCAAUUCCCCCACAAUCUCUAACUCACCCCAUGGAUCCCCAGAGAUCGAAGGCCCUGAGGCAUCCAACCCUAAGGGAAAAAGGAAUUCCCCGAAGAUCGAUACUCUAGCAGGUUCCAACUCACCACGUAGCAACGCACAGUCCUCCGUCGUUGAUGGACCGAAGCCACACGAGGUAAUUGAAAUCACAGAUUCAGAUGACGACACCCCGGGGAAGCAGAACUCGCCAAGUGAUAUUUCCGAGCCCUUUGACGACCUCUUUGACUCACCCCCUCCCGACACUGUCUCAAAUAUCAUCGCCUCACAGUCUGCGAACACUCGUCGAAUCUGGACUGAGCUUGCUCAUCCUGUGAUAUUUCUCGCAGAUAACCGGGAUGGAUUGUUCCCUUGCGACUGGUGUAACAACUUUGCUUAUGGUAUCACUGGUCUCGGUCCACGAAAUCCAGAGGUUUUGACGCUUGACGACGGUACAAUUGUUGAGCUUCAGGAUGGCCAUAUUGCCGAAGGAAAAUCACAGAGCCGGAUGUGUGUCGACUGUACAUGGGCUCGAUCCAAGAUAAUCCAAUGCUCCCACAACUCUUUCGGCCUACUACCUACGUCUUUGGUCCCGCGAGAUGAAGUAGAAAAGGCUAAUACUUUAUCACUUCUAAAUGAUGCAAGUGAAGGACUCAUUGAUACCGAGACUGGGCAGGCUGGUCCUUAUUACCCAAGUCCCAUUUACCAAUGGUGCAGCCUGUGUCGAGAACCCGCAAUCGGGUCUUGCCAGGAAGUUCAGCCAAUCGAUGUUCACGCGGCUGUGGUGGACUGUGAUGCAGAAACGCAUGGAUGCGGGCUGAUGCUCUGUGAGUACUGUCUCAACCUCGCCAAGCGAUUCAAGGGUGACCUUAAUGCUGUUGUUGCAUGGGGUCGCAAUGACCCGUCUCAGCAUGUACACUACCGAGCCGACAUGGAGUUCAUCCUCUCGGGGGCGGAGCACAACACAUUCUACAGGCUUUACAUGCAGGACGCUGGUCAUCUGUGGAUAGCCCUGGGUUUCGUUUCCGCUCCGGAAAAAAAAAAUUACCUUCGGAUUUUCUGCCAGUUGAAUUCACUUCACAACCAAAUCCCCUUGUACUUCCACCAAAAGGAACUCCUCGCCACGACGUCUUCACCAAAGCGACGAAAAGUUUCCCCAGAGCCUCGCACCAGUCCAGGCCUUCGGGCUCGACGUCACGGCCGCUCCGAACCUCCACACUCUCGCCACACAUCUUCCUCUUCUUCCCGCGGCCAGAGUUCGUCGUUGUCCCCGCCUCGCUACGUGCCUGCGCAUCUGCAGUUUCAGUCUGGAAGCCCGCCUGGCCGCUCGCUCACCCCCGCGACCGCGACCGCCGGACUUAGUCUCUCCAGCGACCAUUCCGAUAUGCCCUCCGAUACUCGAGAGGGUACACCUCCAACCCAUGGACGAUCCCCUUCUCCCGGUGAGAAGCGCCCGGCCUCUGAGAUUACCGACUCCGACCCUGAAGGAGGCGUGAGCACUGGCUUCAGUAACGCGCGCACAUACAUUAUCCCCCGCACAUUCGAUGGCACAAACGAUGAACCCACAUAUCCUACAACUUCAAGCAAUGACCACACCGGGUCUGCAUCCUCAGCCGGGGAGCUGUCCAGACCAGCAUCGCCCAAAUCAGGCGAUAUUCCCACGAUCGACGAGCAGGUGAAUGAGGUAAAUGCGCUUAUGAAGGAACCGUUGAAAGACGGACAAAAGGGCUUUGUGGUUUCAAUGGCUUGGCUGAAAAAGGUGCUUGCACGCACUACGGCGCAUGCGGAUCACACUGACAAAGGGUCAUUGGAGGGUGACGUUGGUCCCGUCAACAAUUUAAACAUCAUGCUCGACACCGACCCAACUACUCCCAGCUUCAAAGACGAAACCGGUGAACCAUUUGUGCCAAUGCGCCCUGGUUUGCAUGAUGCUCUUGAUUUCGCGAUAAUUCCACAGCAUGGUUGGGAACUGAUACAGAAGUGGUAUGGUCUCGCCGACCAGUCACCUGUGAUCAUUCGCUAUGCUCACAACACCAACCAACCCGGCGAUACUAAAAACAUCGAAUAUGAGACUUAUCCUCCGAUUUUCACGAUCUUCAAAUUAGCCAAUCCCGCCUCGGGUACCACCCCGACCGUCUUGCGACAAACUGUCAAGCCAUCGGUGAAGAUCCUCGCUAGUCGCCAGACGAACUACCAAAAAUGGUUGAAGGAUGCCAAAGAACAGACUGGUAUCGAUAUGUCGACAAAAGUCCGAGUUUGGAAAAUUCUCCAGCUUCCUCGUAGCACCACCGCAUCGGCCUCGGCGACUCCUGCUGCCUCCCGCAGCCAAUCGCCUGUUCCUCCACUGGCUCUGAUCUCAAACCCCAACGACAAACUUCUUUUCGAUUUGAAUGCUUUCCUCGAACUCCCAGAGGGAAGCCACCGAGUUUUGCUUGAUAAUGUGAAGGACCAAACCCAAAAUGCAAACUACAAUGGUCGUAUGACCUUGGAUAUGGCCGGCCUUGGCGUGGCGAACUGUGUUGUUCUCGAGGAGCAGAUCGGCAGCUCUAAAGGUGGAGAAUGGGUGUCUGAAGCCUCUGCCAGAACUCUCAAGAGUUUGGGUAUCCCUGUGGAUCAGCCGAAGAACGAUGCUGCUACCAAAGCUUCUGCCGCUAAAGCCGCAGUGAAGAGCCCACAACCACAGCCCAGUGGGAGAACUACUCCAUCCCAGGCACCCGAUCCAAUUAAAGCCCUCAUCUCUCGAGGUCGGAAGGGUCGACAGGUUAUCGUGGGAUUGCAAAACCUUGGGAACACCUGUUACAUGAACUCCGCGUUGCAAUGUGUGCGGAGCAUUGAGGAGUUGUCUUAUUACUUCCUUAGUGGAAUGUACAAACCAGAACUUAACCCGACCAACGUUCUUGGAUGCGGCGGUGUCAUUGCCAAGCAAUGGGCCAACCUACUUCAAGACCUGUACAAAUCGGACCCUCAGCCGCGAUCUGUCAAUCCCUAUAGGUUUCGUGCUGCCGCUGGUCGGCAACGUGAAGAUUUUGCUGGCUAUGAGCAACAUGACAGCCAGGAAUUUGUGAUGUUUCUCCUUGAUGCACUGUCGGAAGAUCUAAGCCGGAUCGUUGGCAGCAAGCCAUCCACUGUCAUUCCUGAUUCCACUGAUGAGAUGAUCCACGAUCGUAAUGCUCUUGUGGAUUUCGGAAAGAAAUGUUGGGACCUCUACGAGGCUCGCAAUGCCUCCAUUAUCACCGAUUUGUUUGCUGGAAUGUACAAGUCAACACUGAUUUGCCACAACUGCGAAAAGACCAGCAUCAUCAUGGAUCCCUUCACAAUGGUCACUGUGCCUAUCCCAACGGGUCCAAAGCUGAUUACUCGGACGAUUAUCUUUUACCCUCUUGACGGCCCGCCCGUGUCCUUGAAAGUUCGACUUGAUGAACACGAUACUUUGAAGGCUUGGAAGGACUUCGUCGCCCAAAAGAUGGGAAUUGAUGGGGAACGAAUCCUUGCGGCAGAGACAUUGCACAAUUCCUUCUGGCAAACAUUUUGCGACGAUGACGACACUUUCGGCAGUCUCCGCAUUUCCCAAGAUGACACCAUUGUGUUCUUUGAUCUCGGUCCUCUCCCUGCAUCUGCCGAUUCUUCUGAUUCUCCUUCCAAGGAUGACACAGUCAUUGUACCUAUCUUCCACCGCAAACUUGUCCCGCGCAAGAACAAGGAGGCAACUCGUGAGCUUUUCGGAUUUCCAUCCUUCAUACGUCUUUCUAGUGAAGAAGCUCAAGACUUUGAGGCGAUUUACCGCAAGCUACUGGUCCAGGCCAACAACAUGACUACACGUGACAUUCUGGCUGCCGAGGAAAACAGCAACGACGACCAUGCAACUGAUGACUCUGACACCGUGGUCACAAACGAGGAUGAUGCACGAUCAGCAGAUUCCAGAAUCAGAACAUCUUCUGUCGACGGCGAAGACAGCAUGGUUGAUAUUUCUAUGCAAACCGAGCAAGCGCCCGAGCCUACAGAGGGCCCCGACGAGUCAGACUCUGACUCUGACUCCGAAUCUGUAAAGACCCCUCAGCAUCCUCUUGCUGGAAAGAUUGCUUCCAGUUUGUUGUCGCUUUUCGAUCCAAAAGUCAUGACCACAAACGCUGCUCUGCCUGACGGACGCAAUAUUCUCCCACUCAAAAAAUACCCCCUCCUUUCCUCUCGCAUCGCAUCUCCUAGUUCUACGAAGGGAUCUGAUGCUUCAUCCGAAAGCUCUGUAGAUGACAACGUCGAUGAUGACCUCGAUGCAGAUGAAUCAGACCAAGCAGCAUCGCUUCUUCACCAAGGCGAUGCCGUCCUCCUUGACUGGACUCCCGAUGCCUUUGAUUCCCUUUUCGGCGGUAAGCCACGUGACCCUGAGGAGCUCCGUGGUCGCCCUACCUACCUAAGCAUCAAGAAUGUAUUUGAUCACUCCAUGGUGGCAAGCCAGAAAAAGCCAAAGCAAUCAGAUGUUACUCUCGACCAAUGUCUGGACGAGUUCAGCAAAGAGGAAAUUCUUUCUCGGGCAGAUAGCUGGUUCUGUCCCCAGUGCAAGACCCACGUUUCGGCCACCAAGAAGUUUGAGUUGUGGAGAACUCCGGAUAUUAUGGUCGUUCAGCUCAAGCGGUUUAGCCAAUUCCGCGGCAGAGACGGACACAAAAUCAGCACUGUCAUCAACUUCCCCUUCGAGGGACUGGAUCUGAGCCAUCGAGUGCAAGGCCCCACCGAUGGAAAGAGUGCAGUCUACGAUUUGAUUGCUGUCGACAACCACAUAGGUGGAAUGGGUGGUGGUCAUUACACUGCCUACAUCAAGGACUUUGUGUCUGGUGCUUGGGUCUAUUGCAACGAUACCUCUGCGAAGACUGUCACCAACAUGCAGUCCAUGAUCACGGCGGGUGCCUACCUCCUGUUCUACCGCCGUCGCUCUGAUCGUGCAUUGGGAAACCAAGAGCUGCGGGAGCUGGUUGAAGGCUAUCGGAACGACUCAGGAAGUGUGUCUGGCAGUGCCUCCGGUUCCCGCAGCCCUGGUGGUUCCCAAUCACCUUCAGACGACGGCGGUCGUAUCCUUGGCAGCGCCCCCCGCAAGGGGUUGUCUGCCUUGGCCGGGGGGUUGGCACCCCGAGUCAGCCGGGGGCAAGACUCCCUCGGCAAUGAUCUGUACUCUUCUGCCGAGGAGAGUACCUCGGGCUCGGAGGACGGGGGCAGCGAAGGUAAGAAAUUCGGCCUAGAGCACGAAGAUGGGGGAUCGCAGGUCGACUCCUUCAACAAGCUCACGGAACCCUCUUGGUCGUUCGACGCCGCUCACGACAUGUCACAGAUUUCCAGUGGUAAUGCUGCCGCUGCCGCCGAGGAUGGCCUCUUUGAGGGUCGAUGUCCAUGGGGUGAUGGCAUGGACAUCGACCCUCCGUUUCAGUUUGGUCUCACUUCUGGGGGUGAGGGGGAGGAUUCCUCCGAUGAUCUCCCAGUUGUGGAGCUACGUGUAGGGUCCGAGGAAGUGAUGCCCUCGGACCCAUGA